AUGUCUCAACCGUUCAAACCAAUUCCCGCCUCACAAGUGACUGUGGAAGAUACCGCUAAAAUCGCGGAUAAGACCUGGGAGAUAAUUCAAGAGAAAACCUUUAGAAAAUGGGUGAAUAGCAAACUAGCACUAAAGAACAUAAAUCCAAUAGGAGAUUUGAAUGAAGAGUUUUCUGAUGGUGUUCGACUUAUCCAAUUACUGGAAAUCAUCGGUGAUACUUCUUUUGGGAAAUAUAAUAAGAAACCAAGAAUGCGCAUUCAAAAAGUGGAGAACGUGAACAUGUCAUUGGAAUUUAUAAAGCGUCGAGGUGUAUCAUUGACGAAUAUUGGGGCUGAAGAUAUCGUUGAUACAAAUUUAAAACUUAUUCUUGGUAUGAUAUGGACGAUUAUUUUGAGAUUUACCAUUGCUGAUAUAAGUGAAGAGGGUCUUACAGCCAAAGAAGGUCUUUUGCUAUGGUGUCAACGAAAAACUGCGCCUUAUUCUGAAGUAAAUGUGCGCGAUUUCACAUAUAGUUGGGCUGAUGGACUGGCGUUCUGUGCAUUAAUUCAUCGUCAUCGCCCUGAUUUACUUGAUUAUCACGCGUUGGUUAAGACAGAUCGUCAUCGAAAUACGGCUUUGGCGUUUGAUGUAGCUCAAAAAUAUCUAGAUAUUCCCAAACUUUUAGAUGUCGAAGAUGUUUGUGAUGUUUCCAAACCAGAUGAACGAUCAAUCAUGACAUAUGUGGCGCAAUAUUUUCAUGCAUUUUCUGAAUUAGAUAAAGUAGAAACUGCUGGUAGAAGAGUGGCUAAAUUUGCUGAAAUGAUGCAAUCAGUAUGGGACAUGAAACAUGAUUACGAAGGACGGGUUAAACAGUUAAUGCAAAAUGUAAGAGAUAAAAAAGCAAUAUGGAACAAUGCACGUUUUGAUGGAACAUAUGCUGAUGCGAAAAGACAAUCCGCAGAAUUUAUAAAGUACAAAAGCAGCGAAAAGCGAUCAUGGGUUGCUGUUAAACGUGACCUGGAUGCCUUACUAGGGAAUAUACAAACUAAACUUAAAACUUACGGCUUACAUCCGUAUUAUCCACCCGCUGGUCUAACAUUGGCUGACUUGGAUAAAGUGUGGCAAGAAUUAUUGGAUGCCGAAGGGCAAAGAUACAAAUCAAUUAAUGAUAAGAUCCGAGAUAUAAAAGAGAAUUUAAGAAAAUCUUUUGCCAACUCUGCGAACAAUUUUAUUAAAAGUUUGGACUCUAUCUCUCACGUACUUUCAAACUUGGAUGGAGAAUUAGAAGCUCAAUUACAAACAGUGAAAAAUCUAUCAGCAAGAUUAAAACCGCUAGAACAAUCACUUAAACAUAUCCAAGAAUUGGACGCGCAAUGUCGAGAAGCCAAUAUUGAAGAAAAUGAUUACACAGUAUUCUCUGUUGAUGAUUUGCAAUUCGAGUUGGGAUUGGUGCAACAAGCAGUCACCAAGAAAACCUCAUUUAUCGAGAAUCAAAUUGUUUCAAGAAACAUGACGAAUUUGACUCCCGGACAACUUGAAGAAUUCGAAAGUACUUUUCGACAUUUCGAUAGAGAUUCUUCGAAUACUCUUAAUUGGUUUGAAUUUAGUGCCGCAUUAGCUAGCUUGGGCAUUUUUUAUCGAGAAGAAGAACUAGAAACUACAUUCAAGCAAUUAUCACAAGGCAGUGAGGAGGCAUCAUUUGAACAGUUUAUCAUAUACAUGGUAAGCGUGACCGAAGACAAGACAACACCAGAGCAACUACGGCGAUCAUUCAAAGCAGUAGCCGGUGAUAAGCCGUACGUCACAGAACUUGAUUUACAAAGGUCAAUGGUACCUGCCAAUGUAGCCAAUUAUCUAAAAGAAUCGAUGCCAUCAAAGGACGGAGUUCCGGAUGGAUAUGAUUAUUCAAGAUAUCUUGAUCAAAAUGGAAUUUACCCUGUAUUUGCAUCGGUAUCCUUUACGAAAAUUAUGGCACCCAUUGACAUAGGAGUCGUUCAGGAAGGCAACAUACCUAAAAAAAAGCCCAUAAGCUGGCAAAAUCUUGGUGUAGGCGCUGCAUUAAACAUGUUUGAAGUCUCCACACUUGGACAGCCAUUUGAAGUCAUAAAAACUCAUCUCGCUGCAAAUAGGAAGGACGGGAUAGCAACCGCGGUAAAGAAGAUUCAUCAGCGUGGAGGUGUAUUCGGAUUUUAUCAAGGAUUAAUCCCGUGGGCGUGGAUAGAAGCUAGCACUAAAUCCGGUAUCCUUGGUGGUAUGGCGGGUGGUCUAGCACAAGCGUACACUACCAUGGGAUUUUGCACAUUCAUGAAAACUGUAGAAGUGACGCGACACAAAGCUCCCGCUGGUCAACACGUAUCGACACUCAAGAUAGCCAAUGAUAUAUUCCAAAAGGAAGGUAUUCGUGGUAUAAAUAAGGGAGUGAAUGCAGUUGCUCUGAGACAGUGUACGAAUUGGGCUAGUCGCUUUGGAUUAACAAGACUCGGUGAAACCCUGAUUAGACGAGUGAGAGAUGGUGAAGUUCAGGAUCUCACAAAACCUUUGUCGCCAUUGCAAAAGAUUCUUGCGAGUGCUAUUGGCGGUGGAUUGUCUUGUUGGAAUCAGCCAAUUGAAGUAAUACGAGUCGAAAUGCAAUCACAAGUGAAAAAUCCUGGUCGACCUGAGAAAAUGACAAUUCUUACUUGUGCCAAGUUCAUUUAUGAAAAUAAUGGAAUGAAAGGAUUUUACCGUGGGGUAACACCUAGAAUCGGGCUAGGAAUAUGGCAGACUGUUUGUAUGGUGUUUGGAGGAGAUUUCGUAAAGGCAAAACUCGCAGAAAAGCAAAAAAAGGCAAUACUUUGA